AUGUCUUCAAGUCAGGGUUUCUCGCUGUUUCCCACGACCGUGCCCAAGAUUGCUAUUCCCAGUCCUCACAAAAAGAAUCCUAGCCUGCACAGCAUCAGCAUCGUGGCAUCGCCCCAGAGCACCGUUUCCAACGGCGAAUCAAUCGUUAUCAAGAUGGAGCAGGAGCAGCCUCCCUUACCUCAACUCCCGGCGCACUUGAAUGAGCGAAGAGAUUCGUCGCCUUCGCCAGAAGAUAUUGGACGAGCCAUUACUACCACAUCUCCGAUCGAUGGCAGGACACCUACACAGCCUGUCGCCCCUUCAGCAUCGCUCGCCAAGUAUACGCCCUCCCUGUAUCAAUCUCCUCAGAUGAGCCACUCCUCUCCACAGCCGUCAUUCUCUCUAGGUGCAGGAUCCGCCACGACUCUCGUGCAGGUGCAGACCCAUUCGCAUACGCAGACACAAAUAGCGAUCUCAACCAAGUCUCCCGUCGAGCCUUCACCCAUUGUGCCCAUUCGGUCUAUGUUUCCAAGAUACGAUCCGUCCAUUCAUUUAACAAAGCAGCCUUCCGCGCCUCAACGGCCUGUCCCAGCUCGUUUGUCAUGCCUCCUACCUCCCGGCGCCUUCUCUCGGGAAGACUACCGCAGCAAUCUCUCCUUACCCUUCGCAGCCUCCGCUCAGCGGACAGCUCCAGCAAGCAUCCUCAACUUCCCCUCCGAUGUGCUGAGCGUGAAUGUUGGCCGUCGAAUCUCCACGCAGCGGGAUCUCGAGAAACUUUGGGAGGCUUCGCACGGCACCGAACCGGACUUCGCCAUCAAAACUUUCACGCUCGAAAUGGCACGAACAGAAGAAGCAACAUUCGUAUUCGGCUCCCACCCAUCUUUACCAUUCUACACUCUGCAGACCUAUGACACCAAUGAAAUUGCCGUCACCAAGACCUGCCCCAGAAAAGCGACGUCGACUCGGGACGUCGUUCUGUGCCCUCUUGAGCCUGCCUCUCGGCGACAGCCGCCCAACGACGGCCUUGUGGCAUUCAUCUUUCCCAAACUGGCCGCCAUGUUAGCCAUCCACCAGUCGGCCUCCCUCGCACGGGAAAACAAUCUCGCACCAACCGACCGCGACGAGAUCGAAGCCCAGGCCGUUCGCCGCGCCGCCAAGCAAGAAGCAUGCCAUCUGCGCUUCAACGCUCGAGGCGGGUUCUACGAGCUCGAGCACCCCGCCAUCGGCCGCGGUGCGAUGGGUGGUGAUUUCGCGGCCACCUCGCCCAUGCCCAGCUCUCCGACCACGAUACGCAGUAUAACAGGCAAACCAGUGCUGCAUAUCACCAUUUCGAUGGAAGGUGCCCUGCCCACGAUCCAUGUCAUCGAUCCUAAUGCCGCACGACGCACGCUCGGUCUAACGGGACCAGCGACACCCAUGGCAUCAUCCGCAGGUCAAGGCAUUCGGCGACUCUCCACGCUUCCACAAACGGACGGCAACACGGCGGCAACAGCGACUCCGGACCACCCACCCCUGGCCACGCUGGACUUGACCGUGCAAACACUGUACAUCGACGCCAAUGGACUGCUCGAGCUAAUGCCCUCGUUGUUCAGUAUCGACAGUAUCGUCAGCGCCAUGCUCGCCGUUGCCGUGGCCGAUGCAACCACCAACCCAGCUCUAGGCAGCAUGGAGGUCUGGAAACCUCGGCCGGCGCCGGCAUCAAGUCUCGGCCACGCUCCGAGCAUGAGCAUGGGCAUGCGCACGCCGCGACCGGGAAGCGUCAAGAGCCACGCGGGGAGUAUGUUCUACGCCACGAUAGCAGAGCGUGAAGAAGCAGAGGAAGAAGCCAAGUUGAUGCGCCAGGAUCAUGAAAAUGAUGUGCGCGGCGGCCGCCACACCGGAUCGGGCUCCAAGGGUCGAGCGUGGUUCGGCUGGAAGAAGGGUCAUGUUGAGGAAGUCGACGAGGAGACCAUCACGUCAUGCGGGAAGCGGACGGCAAAGAAGACAGGCAAGAAGGGCAAACCCAAGCAAAUCACCAUGGCCGAGUUUGAUCUGGAGAAACUCGGCCAUUAUCAGUCGGGAGACCGCAAGGGCGAGGAAUUGCCUGUGCUGACGCGCUCGGCCUUGAGUUUCCUCAUCACCGGGCUGAAGUUGCUUGUCUGGUUGAUGACGACGGUCGUGCAGCUUCUGGCUUGGAUCCUGGUGAAUCUCUCGAGGGCCGUGACCAGCGAGAAGUUCUAGGAUCGUCCUAGUAUCCCUCAAAGGGCGCGCGGGGCUUUUCCUUUUUUUUUUUU